UUGUUGUAUUUAGUGUAUUUUGCAAAUUAUAAUUUGUUCUAAACAUUCUGUAUUAAGAAAAAAUAUUGUAAAUAUAUAUUUAGUCUAAGGGUCGCAUACUUCAGUAUAAUCCGGAAUCAGGGCAAAAAUAGUAAAAGCCAACAAGCAUUUUAGAUUAUAUUUGCAUAGGAGUGGAGAAGACAUAAGCCCGAAAAUAAUGCUGCUAUAUUGGCAGCUACUGUGACUAUCUGACUUAGAAAGAAGAGCAUCAAAAAGUCUAAACUGACUUGGCUAAAAAAAAAUUUACUCCCUCUCUUCCCUUCCCAAGAAUUACUGGAUAUAUUUGAUAUUCCGAAACUGUGAUCUCUUUAGGGUACACCACAUCACUAAAUUAAACAUAAGAUUUUCCUAGCUAGAUGUUAGCAAGGGGCAUAGAAGAGGGUUUUCCACCAAAAUAAAUUACUUUCUUCUUUCAUAGGACAUGGGUUAUGUCAGUGUUUUACUUUUUUCCAAAAUCAACCUUGCAUGCUUAUAGGAGAAAUUUAUUUGAUCACUUUUUUUUUUUCCCACUUAAGGUGGGCAAAAUAUUGGUGUGAAUCGUAUUCCUCCCACCCAGUGUGACAAUUGGGUACGGACAAGUAAUGGAGGACAUUUUUCUUCACCAAACUACCCUAACAUGUACCCACCAAAUCAAGAGUGCAUCUAUAUCUUAGAAGGAUCUCCAAAUUUGGGCUUGAUGCUUAGGAAAUGUACCACUGCUCCACGACAAAGAAUUGAGUUGACCUUUGAUGAGCCUUAUUACAUAGAACCCUCAUUUGAAUGUCGGUUUGAUCAUCUGGAGGUUCGAGAUGGACCUUUUGGUUUCUCCCCUCUCAUUAAUCGUUACUGUGGUUUGAAAAGUCCUGCACUAAUUAGAUCAGCAGGGAGAUUUAUGUGGAUCAAGUUUACUUCUGAUGAAGAGCUGGAAGGAAAGGGAUUUCAAGCAAAGUACUCAUUUAUACCAGAUCCUGACUCUACUUACCUAGGAGGUAUUUUAAAUCCCAUACCAGACUGCCAGUUUGAACUCUCAGGAGCUGAUGGAAUAGUACAUUCCAGUCAAGUACAACAAGAAGGAAAAACAAAGCCAGGGCAACCAGUUGACUGCAUAUGGACAAUUAAAGCUACUCCGAAUGCUAAGAUUUAUGUACGAUUUCUCGACUAUCAAAUGGAGCAUUCAAAUGAAUGCAAAAGAAACUUUGUUGCUGUGUAUGAUGGAAGUAGUUCUAUUGAAAACCUGAAGGCAAAGUUCUGCAGUACGGUAGCAAACGAUGUCAUGCUGCAGACUGGGAUGGGUGUGGUGCGGAUGUGGGCAGACGAAGGCAGUAGGCUAAGCAGAUUCAGAAUGCUGUUCACUUCAUUUGUGGAUCCAACUCAAAAGUCAUUGGCAGAAGAAAACCUGAAAAGGUAUGUGGUUAUUAUUAUCUAUGUUCUAACUUCAAAUAGCAUCUUUAUUGGAUAGGGCAAUUGAAAGGUAUGUGUCUGAAAAAUGUUUCAUGUAUUUUUAAAUCAUAGAAUCAGAAUCAUAGAAUAGUUAGGGUUGGAAAGGACCUUAAGAUCAUCUAGUUCCAACCCCCCUGCCAUGGGCAGGGACACCUCACACUAAACCAUGUCACCCAAGGCUCUGUUCAACCUGGCCUUGAACACCGCCAGGGAUGGAGCAUUCACAACUUCCCUGGGCAACCCAUUCCAGUGCCUCACCACCCUAACAGUAAAAAACUUCUUCCUUAUAUCCAGUCUAAACUUCCCUCUGUUUAAGUUUGAACCCAUUACCCCUUGUCCUAUCACUACAGUCCCUAAUGAAGAGUCCCUCCCCAGCAUCCUUAUAGGCCCCCUUCAGAUACUGGAAGGCUGCUAUGAGGUCUCCACUCAGCCUUUUUUACUCCAGGCUGAACAACCCCAACUUUCUCAGCCUGUCUUCAUACGGGAAGUGCUCCAGUCCCCUGAUCAUCCUCGUGGACCUCCUCUGGACUUGUUCCAACAGUUCCAUGUCC